AUCGAAUUUGAGGCAGCAGAGUUCACAUUCAAAAAAUGUCAUAUGUCGGCGAGAAAUUUGGAUUUCUUGUGUGACCUAAUGGCUGCAACUCUUGUGAAACACCACAACACCCCUCCAUUUGCUGAUCACAAAGAUCUGCACAACAUCAUAGAUGCGACGCAGCUUGGUGACAUCCCUUGGCAGUGUUUCUCUGUUCAAUACUCAGGAGAACGACCUGAGGUUGUCCCACUGUGGAUGGACGAUGAAUUUGAGGUCUGGUAUAGGGACCCCCAUGCAAUGGCGCACAAUAUCAUCGCUAACCCUCACUACAAGGACAAAAUUGACUAUGUACCAUUUCGUGAAUAUGAUGCAUUGGAUGACACAUGCCAAUGGAAAGAUUUCAUGUCUGGAGACUGGGCAUGGCAACAAGCAGACACCAUAUCGCAAGAUCCAGAAACACACGGAUCCGCUUUGGUCCCAAUUAUUCUUGGUAGUGACAAAUCAUAG